AUGAAGAAUGAACCAGCUAGAAGACGCCUUGCCCGUAUAAGGUGUCUUCUAGAGAGUAUAAAGCGCAUUGAACAAGGAAAGAGCUUACCAUUACCGCUCUGUUUUGUCUCGUCGGAAGUGGAGUACGGUAGAGAAGAAAGCAGGAAUCCUUCGACAUUGUCCAUACGGAAGAAGCCACACAAAGACGCACAGUGCGUGGGAGAACUACCUUCUGCCUCUAAUCUUCAGGUGUUUGCAUCAGGAGAUGAAUUUUUUAACAAUGAUGGGUCUUGGAUAAAACUUUGUCAGGUAUGGGAGUGGUUAUUAGCUUAUAUUAUUAUGUACCCCGGAAUUGAUUAAAAAGCUCAAUAGUAUAGAAUAUUAUUGUAGUUUUAACCUUGUCCUUUUUGUAUCCAGGCCAUUCAAUAUAAUUAUAAUACGGAACAUGUUUUAAUAAUUCCUUUUUGCAAGUACUGUUUUUUAUGUCUGCAGAAAUCUUUGCAGAAGUACUGUUCGGGUAAACAAGCCAAAGACGGCUGGGUUCUUUCUGUACCUUAUGAUGCAAAACAUGGCGUAGGUGCUCCUUAUUUAAAACCUAUAGAUGUCAAGCCAUCGUCCAAAGAAAAAAAUAUAGCAGUUAAAUGGUAAAGUAUUUACAUAACUGCAGUAACUAUAAUUCAGAGAGGCCUUAUUAUAGAGAGCAUUGACACGAUACAGGCUGGUUGCUGUUGCAGAUCUAGCUACCAAUCCUUUCUGAUACAAUUGUCUGUUAUUAAUGUUAUUAAAAUAAUAUUGGACUUUGAAUCUGGACGAUAGAUGCUGGAUGUCUGUAUGCAGACUAUCUGUGGAACCAUUGACAGACGGGCAUCCUGUUUAGGGGGAGAAGUAAUAAUUUUUGAUACCAUUUACUACUAAAAACAACAAGCCCUAGACUGUUUCAGGCAUUCAGAUAGUAAGAAGUGGCAGAAAGUCAAAAAAGUGAGGAAAAAUACUGGUGGGACUGGGGAGAGUGACGUUUCCUCUCGUCCAUCUCUCUCUUCUCUCUACCUCCCUCGUUUUCGUUUUUUGCGUGCCACUUUUCACUAGCUGAAAGUCUGGAACGGGCUACACAAGCAUCUUUUUGACUCAAAUGGGCUUGUACACCAUUGCCUACUUAGUUACUUCCUACCCUCCUUCUUACCUACCUACCCACUUAUCUAUCUAACCACCCACCCACCGACCUAUACCAAUUUUUUGUGAGCGAUGUUUAACUCUCUACUUACCCACCCAUCCAUCCAACUACUCACUCAACCACCCAUCCACCCACCCACCUAUCUGCCUACGUAGUUACAUUCCUACCUAUUUACCUACCUACCUACCUACUUAUCUACCUAUAUAACUACCUACCCACCCACCUACAUACCUAACUGUUAUCUACAUUCCAACUAACACACCUGCCUAUCGAAUUCUGUCUUAGGGAAACAAUAGAAAAUGCAAUGAUACAAUUUAAAGAGGCAAUGGUGUAGAUGAUCUUUCAUAUUUUUAUAUCCCCUUUAGUUGGCAAGAUGCAGUGGAAAUAUGUUAUUCUCUCAGAAUUACUGACCCACCCUCCAUUGAGAGAUUUGCAGACAAAGAAGCUAUGCAUCAACUGAGCUCUCCUCCAUUAAAGUGGAGUCUAGAUGCAGAUGAAGAGCUAGCCAAAUUUAUGGCUGAACAUGUUAAUAAACAUGAGGCAUCUCUCGGGAAUAUCAGUAGAUAUGUUGAGUCCAUUCAAGUAUCUUCUGUAAGUCUGUCAUUGUAAUUCCAUGCAUGUUGGAAAUUUUUUAAUGGACAAAAGGAGUUCAUAUGUUGCGCUAAAAGUCUGUGAUUCAAGAAUCCGCUGCUGGUUUUGAACAGUGUAGAACUACAACACAACGAAAAACUAAACAAACAAAUGAAAAAAGCAAAACACAUAAUCAACCCACACAACAUAAUGAUUAAAGUAACCACUGAUUAUCGUGCCAUUAAGUGGUGAGUGAGGUAGACCAUUACUAUGAAAAAGGUACAAAGCUUCAUGGAAUCACAACAAGGGUCUAGACCUUCUGGCUGUCUAUUAUUCCUGAGAUAACAUCAGUCAGUUGUCAUCUCAACAGUCAGUUGAAUACAGUUGCUGAUAAAGAUUAAGUGAUUGGAAUGUAAUAUUUGAACUUUAAAACAAAAUAGUGUUAAAAAAGAGUAGUAGCAUGCAGGUAAACUGAAAAUAUUGCUGUGUUUUUGUGGAAUUGAAGGAAGAAGAAUCCAAAGAUGCCUUGACAGAUGGUGAUCCAGAUACUUACUGGGAAACAGAUGGCAGUCAAGGCAGACAUUGGAUUAAACUUUUAAUGAGACCAGGCACUGUUAUAAGGUUAGUAAAUGAACAAAUCAAAUUGAAACCUUUAUUUUUAUUCCUUGUUCUGGAGUAUGAAUUAUAGUCAAACCUUGACUAACUACACUUUGCAAAGGCCAUUUAUCCUUGUUUCAGCAGAUGGAUAGUUUCAAAACAUUCUCUAAGAACAUUGUGAAACUUCAUCCCUCUUAUUUUGAUUUUUCUUCAAUAGUCACUUAUUCUCAAGAUAGCCAUUAUAUUUUGGUUUCAUGACUCUAGUUUUAUAACUCACCAUUCAUGUUUUAGCCAGCACAUUUGUUUUCAACCUAACUGUUGGUGCAGCUGAGUUUUAAAUCACAAUCUGUUCCUCUGCAGGUGGGUUCUUUGCCAGUUGAGCGGGCAGCAUUUUUUACGCAUUCAUCCACCCAAUAUUCUACACAUUACUCAAAUGUUUUCAUUGUUUUUAGACAACUUUUUAUUGGUGUUGAUGCCAAAGAUGAUAACUAUAUGCCCCAUCAUGUUGUUGUCAUGGGAGGUGAUUCACAGUCAAACUUGAAAGAAAUCGGUGAAGUUUUUAUUGAAUCGUAAGUUGUUAUCUAUAAUUUUUUGUUUCAUUUACAACUGAGUAAUAGAUGUAAAAUUUUUAAUUCAGAUUUUGAGAUUUUAACUGUGACCACUCAAUCACUCUUCUUGUUUAAUUGGGAUUUUUUUGUUACUUUUUUUCCUACAGGACUGUUUCUGGAGAUGUGUGUGUAGCAAAGGGAGUGGGUCAAUACUAUAGCAUAAUUCAAAUCAGAAUUAAAGAGUGCAAGGGUAGGCUCCAAAAUGUCUGCUUCAUUUAAUCCAUUUUUAAUGACUUUGACAGCACAGAUCUGUAGACAAUAGCCUGAAAAUCACCUCUAGACACUUGUUAAGAAAAUCCUUUUAGCUUUAACAGAUUUAUUUACAUCCUUAUGUGCCUCAUAUUUGUUGAUAGAUGAGGGCAUAGAUACCCGCAUUCAUAGCAUCAAGUUAAUCACAGAGAGUGAAAGAGAACCAGGGCUUAACAAGGAUUUAUUUACCUCUUCUGAACUUGUAAGGUAAUAAUAAAUUUUUCAAUUGUGUAUUAAUUUUUUGUUGAUAUGUGAAUUUACCUUGUUAAUACUUACUGUGUGAAUAUCUAAAAAAGUGAUAAUAAUAUGUACUUCCUCCAUGGUUGGUUAUUGGAAUCUCUUAAGGUUUCCAAAGCCAUAAGUUAAAAGAUACAAAUGAAUGUAACUUUAAUUAUUUGAGGAGUUUAGUGUGAGGCUAAACCAAAAUAAAAUACUCAAAUAAAUGUUUCUUCCUCAUUUUGUACAUUCUUACUUCAAAUUAACAGAUUUAUCAGCAUGAUCUAGAACACGGAGGGUCGUGGGUUCGAAUCCCAUCUGGGGCUCAGAUUUUUUUCUGUGUCCUCUUAUGGUUGAUUCUUUACAUCUCCCUUUAUUUCCUUUAUAAUAUUGAUAAUAGAAAGAGAAUGAUAAUAAAUUUGCAGCAAAUGUCUUGUUCUUGAAGGUCGUUUGAAUACUUGUGUAGAAAUAAAAAAUAAUGAUAACGGUUUAUUGAUGACUUUUUUACAGAGUAGCUAUUUACAUUCAUCAAGACUAUCUAACUAAUGAAAUAUAUUUAUACUUGUGUAAUAUAGAUAAAAAUGAAAGUACAUGUAGGUAUAUAAAUAUAUUAAAAAAAUCUGCGGAGGGAGGGGUGGUGGGAGGGAGUUUUAACUCUUAUUAUGUGCUCAUUGUCAACUUUAUUAUCAUUUACAGGUUUCCUAAACUAGACGCUGUUGAUCCAGCCCUGCUAUACAGAAGGGCACAAGCUUUGCUCAGGUAAACUGUGCUUGCAAAUGAGGUAAAAGUUGACAAAAAUGAAAGAAAAUUAGUGAUUGUAAUAGUAAGAGUAUAUUUCUUUUUAGAUUUACCGAGCUACUGGACAGUGUUUUACAUUAUUUACUGCCUUCUUGGAACUACUCAGCUGGAUCAUUUAAAGACUUAGAGGUAUUAUAAACAUUGUUUGUUCUCACAGAAAUGGAAAAUGUAUAAUGUCAGUGUUUUGUGUUGAAUGUUAUGUCAUCAUUGAGGCAGUUUAACAGGUGAAAGAUCAUGAUCUAAAAUGAUCUUUCAUAUGUUAAAUCUUUCUCCUGCAGUUCAGUUGUAUGUGUAAACACAGUUUGUUUGUUCUGAAAUCAGAAUGGUAUGAGUUUUGUGAUGCUCUUCUAAACAGAUGGGACAAAGACAGCAUUUAGUCCAUGGGGACUGAGUAUUAUUCCUUCGCUUAUCAAGUUAUUUUGUUGUUUUUUCCACAACCUAGAUCACGGUGUUCCAGCACCUAGUACACUUAACUUGUAAUAUAGUUAGUUAGUAUACAGUAGCAACAGUAUUUUUACCAGUUGCAUAAUACUUUGUUUUCCAAGCUGUUGCUGCUAUUUAGGCCAUGUUGCCAUUCUCUGGCAGGUGCUUCUUUUAGUAAUUAAUGUCACAUAUAUUUGUUAUUUCUAAUUUAGGCCAUUCGUCAGCUUCUUCCCUUGUCAAAGCACAGAACCAUGUUGAUUGACAAAGUUAUCAGAGAAUCUCAAUCCAGGUAUGGUGCUUUUUGCUAAAACACAGCUAUGCUCCAAUUCGAAGAAGAAUAUGCUGGUUAAGCUUAGCAUUCCAUGCAAGAGGAAUGGCAUUACUUUACAACAUUAAUUGUAGAUGUCAAAUCCUAAUUUUUCCCAAUUUCCUAGCCCUCCGGCACACAUGCCAAAGCUGUUCAUUAACAGACGCUCAGCAGCUGAACACAGAGCAGAUCCAACACAAGAUCCAGAUGCUAAAUGCUCAAUAUUUAAUCAGGUUAGCAUUCAGUCUUAUAUUCUCCCUUCAUAUCACAAGCAUGUACAAGAGAAAUAGUGCAAAAGAAUCUAGCAGUUUUUUAGCGGCGACUUGGGUCCUCAUUCCAAGUACCCCUUUUAUCUGAAUUCCAUUUUCAGGUGGCAUCAGUAGUUGUGAUGUUGGUCUAAAUAGGGAGCUUAAGCAACAACAACGGCGACAGCUACGGCUACGAAAACAUCAGUAAAAAAGUGUGUUUCUACUGCUUCAAACUUAAUCACACGUAUUCCAUCUUGUUCAAUUCCUCAAAAUUAAUGUUGGUGAAUUUUUCUAGAGUUGAAUUCUAAAGGACUGUAUCAAAUUUCAGAAAAAGAAAAAGAGGGUCAUUGUCGUGAGUUCACAUACUCCAUGUAAUAUUCUAUUGCUUUUUUGCCGUUCUCGUUCUGGUUGCCAUCACCAUUGUCAUCACUUAAGGUCCCUAACAUCAAACAUUAGGGUGUAAUGGGACUAAGACAGCCUUUAUCCUAGGACAAAGUUUUACAUAGACUGAGUAUUUAAUCCCAUUUUAGCUUAUCAAGUUAUCUACUUAAGAUCUACACAGUGUUUUUAUGAUUUAGCCUUUUACUCUGCCAGUAAAAGCACAUUGUUCAUUCUUGUAUAAAUUCAGGUCCCAGCGUCUAGAACAUUUACUUGCAAGUUAUUCCAGCCAGCAUAGUACAUUAGUAGCAGUAUUUACCAGUUUUUCAACGGAUGUAUUUCUUUGAUCAUUUUUAUUACUCUCAUUUUCCCUUCAGCUUUAUGAAGGUUUGAAGCAAGAAAAAUGUGGGGUAAAGUUGGAUUACAGGUAGGAUACAGGUGUAUCUCUCCUCUGCAAUUUAUGUUGUACUUUCUCUGUAUUCCCACAGGAUUACUCAAGCCAAGUCAGGAUAGGAGCAAAUGACAAAUCAGUAAAUUUUCCUGUACCAUUGUUUUGUAGGUGGUCUUCUCGAUAUGACCAAUGGUGGGAGUGUAAAUUUUUGUCUGAGGGAAUCAUCGAUCAAGGUUAGACAGCCUUUGACCACGUGUUGUCACUUUAAGGUUGAGUUUAUGGACACUUUACCAUACUUAUCAUACCCCGGUACCUUGUGCUUGCCUCAAGAACCAGGGGUGGCGUAAGGGGUGGCAAAGACACUUUGUUAUACUUGCAUGCAGCACCAUCUCUUGUCAGAAUAUUUAAAGACAUUUGACACUACUCACGUAGUAAUACUGUAAUCUUUCAGGUGGUGGCUUUAGAGACUCCUUAGCAGAUGUUGCUGAAGAGCUUUGUCCAAGUUCCACCGAUGUUCCUAUACCUCUACCUUUCUUUGUUCGCAGCCCCAAUCAGGUAAUCCAAAUCUUAUUUUUCCAUACAUAUGAUCCAUUAGUGAGGUUAGUGAGGCUGGUUUUAACAUCAGCCAAAGAAUGCCAAAACUCUCGUCAACAGAAUCUGUUUUCAGAUUGGUUCAUUUGUUUGUUAUACUAAAAAUGAAGUUCUUCCCCUCAAUAUAAGGAUUUGAAUGAUUUGCAUAAAAGGAGUUAAUGUGGCUGUUCUGCAUCAAAGUGCAAACAGACUGAUAUUAAUGCAUUAAUAGUCAACUGCAAAUUGUAACUAUAUUCAUGGUAGGAUUAGCUUAUUUGGUAGUGAGCUUGGCUGCAGAGUCAAAGGGUAUGGGUUUGAUUCUGAGGGCCAGACCAAAACUCAGGGUCUUAAAAUAACUGGGAAAUGAAGGUAUUCCCUUUGCACUGCAAGCGACUACCUUGGCAUCUCUCGGAUGGCCACGUAAAAUGGCGGUCCUGUCUCCAGUUAGAGACAUAAACACUGUGUCCCAAAUUAGUACCUUUGUGCUAAAUACAUAAUUUGACAUGCAAAAUAAAUAGAUUGGUUUUUUUUGUUUCCCCAUGCAUAGUAACAGACAAACCUUUUUCCUGUUAAAUUUUGUGUGUUUAGCAUCUAACUCUCCUCUCUCUUUGUUUCUUAGCUGCAUGAUUCUUCAAACGUGAACAGAGAUGCAUAUGUGCCUAACCCUUCAUGUAAGCAGUUCAGCAAGUUUGAAUGGAUUGGCAUGUUAAUGGGGGCAUGCUUAAGGAGCAGCAAAGAACAUCUGGUAUGAAGUAGUCUUUGGUUUUCCUAGUUGACCUUGUGACCAGCAAAAUGAAAUUCUCCAUUUUCAAUGAAUAAUAAUCCCAGAAUCAGUUAUAAAACAAGUCCUGCAUUUCCAACUUUUGGAUCUGUAGAUGGAAUUGUUCGUGUAUGGUCUGACCACUCAAAGAAAACAUUUUUGGCAGUACCUUCGUGUUUAUGUCACUCAGAUUUGUUACUCUUGCUACCUCUACAAUAAAUGUCUGGCAGUGUCAUAAACUGCAUGUGCAGCAGAAUGUUAAACUUUGCCUCCUGUAACUACAUGACUAUAUAAAAGCUUUAUUUUCAAAAUGAAGGGGAAAUGAAGGGAGGUUGAAAUACUAAAUACACUUCACAAACUAAGGGCGCUAACUGUGUUGUUAUAAUUUUUUCAAGGUUCUUUCACUUCCGUCAUUUGUCUGGCGACAGCUUGUUGGUGAAAAGGUCACCUGGUCUCGUGACUUCAUGACAAUAGAUUUGGCUCAGGUGUGUGUAUACUCUGCUACACAGAUGUUUUUAGUGCGGUCACACAACACUCCUCCCCAGUGUUGCCUGAUGACACUAAAAAUAGCUGUGUUAAGCAGACUAGUGUAUGUACAGAAUUGUUUAGUUGCAUGAGUAUGGCUGUAGGUAACAGAAACUGUUGGUGUUUAACCCAGAUAAAUGAAACCAGGCCUUAUUUUUUUUACACAGAAAGGAGUUGUAUUAUUGUUAUUAUCUACUUGUUUACUUCCUUCCAUGCCACCAGGUCAAGUUACUUGAAUCGCUAGAGUCAAUGGAUAAAGAUUCAUUUAAUAUGAAAUUUGGAGGAGUCCUCACUUACACGACGGUAGGGGCUGACUUGUGUGAAAACACCAAUCUUGAUUCAGAUAUUUGACUCAGGCAUACUGACUGACUAAGUGACCGACCGACCCAAAGACCAACUCUGACUUACUGAUUGACUAACUGAUUGACAGACUGACUGACUAAUUGGCUAACUGAUAGACAGACAGACUGAGUGAGUAAUGGACUGACUGAUUGAAUAGGUGGUGAANUACACAGAAAGGAGUUGUAUUAUUGUUAUUAUCUACUUGUUUACUUCCUUCCAUGCCACCAGGUCAAGUUACUUGAAUCGCUAGAGUCAAUGGAUAAAGAUUCAUUUAAUAUGAAAUUUGGAGGAGUCCUCACUUACACGACGGUAGGGGCUGACUUGUGUGAAAACACCAAUCUUGAUUCAGAUAUUUGACUCAGGCAUACUGACUGACUAAGUGACCGACCGACCCAAAGACCAACUCUGACUUACUGAUUGACUAACUGAUUGACAGACUGACUGACUAAUUGGCUAACUGAUAGACAGACAGACUGAGUGAGCAAUGGACUGACUGAUUGAAUAGGUGGUGAACAGACUGCCUGACUGAUUGAUUGAUGGUCUGACAAACUAACUGAGUAACCUAACUGCCCGACCGACUGCCAGACAGAGAGAUAGACUAUUUCAUCAUCUUGCUAGCUGAUCAACAGUCAGUCUAUCAAAAAAUUCUGAAUGUACUGACAGACCAAAUCUCUAAAAAGUGAUUGUGUUUGGUUGUUUGUUUUCUUUGACAGGUUUUAAGUGAUAACACUUUAAUAAACCUUGUGCCUGGAGGAGCUGACAAGUUCGUUGAUUAUGAAGAAAGAACUGAGUACAUAAGGCUAGUGCGAAACUGCAGGAUGGCUGAAGGAAAAGCACAGGUAUACAAAUUUCCAUAACCGACCCUGGUUAGCCUGUGGACAGGCCCUUUUUGUGGGAGGGGUAGGACGAAGAAGUGGAGAAAGCACUAACAAGUCGGCGAGAGGGAAAAGGGAAUUAAGUACAAGGGGGAUGGAAGGGAGAAUUAUUCCCCUGAGAGUUUACUUCUAUCUUCGCCUACAAGCAAGAUUCAACUAUAACAGGGUUCUUACUUCCGUUAGCAUGCUCAUCUAUUGCUUAACAGCCGAUGAAGUUACGAGUUCCUGCAGCCAAAUUCUUGUAUCAAGCCCACUUUUAGCGAAAACGUUUCGCCUACUUCAUUCGAUGUAUCGGGUCGUAAGGAUUCAAAAAACCAGAAAAUAUCCUCCACCUUCGGCUUGUAUUACAAAAUUAUACUUGCAGCUUGUUUGUCAGGUCGUAAAAUGAUCACUGCGAACUGUCUUUUUCUUUUCAGAUCGAGGCAAUUAGGCGAGGCUUGCUUAAAGUUCUUUCCCAGGCUGUGCUCGACCUUCUCACUUGGCAAGAACUGGAAAGAAGAGUCUGUGGUGACCCUGAGCUUACGGUUGAAGCGUUGAAGAAAUGUAGUAAGUAUGACCAUAAGAAGACGGUCAUCGCAGAUGAAGACGCAACUUAUGAAAUUGUAAAAAGAAAACCGGCUUGUGGAGAUUGGAACCCUGCCCUCUGCGAUACCGGUGCAGCGCACUAACCAAUUAAGCUAGCAAACUAGCGCGGAGAUGGUCAUUAAAUCGGUGAUGAAAUGAUGAAUAUGAAAUACACCCCGGCAUCGCAGAAGUCAGGGUUUCAAUUGAAAGAGAAACUCCUCCCCCCCGCCCCUUAAUCCGGCUCACUGCUAUCAAUUUUGUUUGUACAAGAAGACAUGUUUCCGUCUUCUUUCAGUGCUCCGCGCAUGCACUCAUUCUUAACCGUUUGUUUUUUUUUGUUUUUUGUUUUUUUGUAGUGCAAUAUGAAGAUAUUUCCGAAAAUGACAAGCGUGUGAAGUUUCUUUGGAAAGCACUUGAAAAUUUUACAAACGGUAAGCUCCGCCUUUUUUUCUUUGUUAACGUAGUUUCUGCUAUGGAUGUAAUAGGAAAGUCGUGAUAUUCGGGAGCGAAAAUCUAACAUAAAUUGUUCAUUUAGACACGUUUAUAGAAAGAUUACCUGUAUCCAACAUAAAAAUCAGCGGAAGUUCGCCAGCUUGCCACCGGAAAUCUCGCUGGCUUAAUAACUUGGACGUUGUCCAGUGAUCUCACCUAAGACCUUAGAAAUCUACGAAAUUUUCAGAAACGUUCGAGUGAUAACUGUCUGUCAGAAAUCCCUGUAAGUAAUCGAUGUGUAAUGUUUUUCUCAUACCUGGAUGAUGUAUUGCCCCUCCAGAAAGUUGUUGAGGCUAACACAACACUUUACAUGUUCUUAUUUUUUCCCCAGAUGAUCGUAGCCGUUUUCUUCGUUUCGUGACCGGAAGAAGGAGACUUCCAGCACCGCUCUACAUCUGCCCAGGAAGAAGGUGAGGGAAAUCCACUACAAACCACAUCAAACAACAAUAUAAUAGCUUGUGAAAUACUAAAAAACUAACGUCACCACGUGAAAGCUGUGACAGAGAGGUUUCAUAUGAAUAGUCACAUCACAGGAUUUCAUCCACGGACUCGAAAGAUAGAAUUGCAGUAUACGUCUGUAUGACUCUUAGUGAAAGAAAAUUAGCUUUAUGGGAAAGUAGUCUGUGUACAGACGCCCCCUCCCCUCCCCUCAAAUACACAGACUACAGGAAAGUGUCGUCACCAAAUUAUGUGUUUAUCGUCAAUUUUAUCUCAUUUCAGUUCAAUCAAAAUAGAUUCUUUACCUGAAGCAGCCACGUGUUCCAGUACUCUGUUUCUACCGGAAUAUUCAAGGUAUGUAACAUGAGGAUGUACUUUAUGCUAUUGCAGAGAGUGAAGGGAGGGGUGGGUGAGGGUUAGAAUUACAAAAGCAACUGUGUGUCUUUUUAAUGUAAUAUCAUGGAUGAGCGUCCAUAGGACGGCUGGACACCUUUCUGGCAAAACCUUGCUGCUUGCAAUCCCUCAGAACUGUCGCGUGGGCGAACAUGUCGCUUGCUCGCUCGCGAUUAACAUGCUCGCCCUAGGGACUGCUAGCAGUCCACCAAGAAACUAAUAUGAACAGAAUACGGAAAAUUUGAUUAACGGUAAACUAAUUAUGCAGACCUCCAACGCAGCAGCAAUAGCCUUUGAUUUGUUAGGGCAAGCCUUUGAAAUACAACUGUUUUUUUGAAUUGCAGCGCCAAAGUAGCAGAAGAGAAGAUUCGUUACGCUGCUUAUAACUGCUUAGCGAUAGAUACCGAUGUAAGCCCUUGGGAGGAAUGACCGAGUUCCCGAGACAGCUUGAUCGUUAAUCGACGGUCGCACGAAAAGAAACGAACACUUCCGAAAACCACAAUCAAUGAAGCGUAUCUCCAGGGCUGUUUAUCGUAGGAAUAGAACUGGCGGGAAAACGAAUGAUGAUCCUGUGGCCAAUCACAACAAGCUUUGACGCAAAUGAACCAUCAGAUCGCAUCAAAAAUGUAACCGGAUCAAGCGCGGGAAAAUUCGCGCGACCGGGACGUCUGUGGUUUUAGUUUUACCCCUGAUAGGCUAAAAAAUUAGCGGGAGAUUCUUAGCCAAUCACAAAGCGUUUACCUUGUCAAUCAAAUGCAUCAUUACUAUUGACUCUGUUGAAAGCAGCUCUCUCUAGGACGUCAACAUCGUUAUCUUCCAAUCAUUCUUUUCGUGCCCAGUCGCACAAAGGGCGCGAAAUGACAUAAUUACAACCCUGUUUUUUUUUUUUUUAAUGUAACGCUAAGAGCAAUCAUUUAUGAAUGAAGUUUAUUGUUUAGAUACUUUUAGAUUCGUUAUGUUUUCAGUGAAACUUUUGAUUGCCUCGCUGGAGGCACUUUAAAGUUUUCCCUUUUAAGGCGGAUAGUUCGUCUGCUUGAUUGAUGCCCCAGUUAAUAAUUCAACCCGCAUAAUGUACAAUUGUUUCAAUAUAUUUUCUUAAUCACAAAUUUUAUAUGAAAUGUUGCAUAAAAAGAUACUAUAUUACUAGAUAUAUGCAAUUUAGAUCAUUCCAAAUAAAUUAAAUGUAAACCUCUAUACAGGCAACUUUUUAAUGUCUGUUCUGAUAACUGCUUGUUGCCUUGCAUAUCAGGCACUGGUUGGCGAGGAGCACUUUCGAGAACACUCGCGCGAAGGGCACGUGUUUGAAAUCCUUGUUAUGUGCUUGAAGCACACUCCUAUUCAUUCCACUUAUGCUUUUAUUGACAGUUUUUACUAUGUUUGAUUGUGCGCUCUUCACAUGAUUGUCCUAAAACCUACCUCCUUUUCAAUUGUUAGUGUAAUGUACCCUUUGCCUACACGGGGC